UUAGUCAAACAGAUUUUGUAACAGAGCAGCAGGUGGACUUUGUCUGCUGAGCACAGAGACACUUCAACAGGAUCCUGGCAGAGUGUGUCAGAGCUGAAUAACCCUCAGCAGGAAGAUGAGCUCCACCGAGAUUCGUCCUGUUGUUAUUCUGACGGCGUUAUGUGUGACCGGUUUGGUCGUAGCCGGCCCGGUGCACUCAAUCCCUCGUCAGAGAGCAGCCAGACAACAAGGAGGCGCUGUUCUCUUUUACGCAGCCUUCCAGGGCUCUCUGAGAGACAUCCUGUACAACCCAGUCAUCUUCAACCAGGUGGUGGUGAACCAGGGCUCGGGCUACAACAACGACACGGGAGUGUUCACCGCACCAGUCCCUGGCAUCUACCAGUUUGUGUUUGCUGCCCAGCUGUGCCGCGGAGACCACGACAAUUCCUGGCGCUUCAUGGUCAACGGGGUCCACAGCAUGUCCUGCAUCGCUCAGGUGUCUGGUCUUGACACAACGCUCAACACCUGCUACUACAUGAAGGAGCUGAAGAAAGGCGACCAGGUGUGGGUGAAGCAGGAAGUGGGAAGCUGCGCCUGGGCCAGCACCAUCUCCAACACUAUCACCUUCUCCGGCGUCCUGCUGGCGACUGAAGGUGUGUCCACGCUGGGAGGGAAGUACAGCUCCUGUCCACUGCCCAGCCUGGGACACAGCAGAGACAUUGUGCCCCACUCUGCAGGCUGCAGAGUGUCUCUGGACAGUGUGGCCAUCGCUCUGUUGCUCUGCUGCCUCCUCUGGGAUUAAUGAGAGCCAACACACAGACACCUGCUGUGUAUUUUAUAAGCUAUGACUUUAUUCUGUUUGAUUAUUCAAAGGUUCCAGAUCUACUUAAUGUUUUCUUCCUUUUUUAAAGUGUCAAACUUUUCAACUCGGUCUCACUCCGAAGUCGCUCAAUACCGACGCGUGGUCAAUCCGACCAAAAUUCAACAUCUGUCCAACGCAAGAGUCCAACGUCUCUCUGACGUCAUACUGACGUGCGUUGCCGGCUGGGGAGUUGAUAAAAAUGUUGAUUCACUCAUCUGAGUCGUUUUACCGUGCGCUCAAAGAAGUGACAUUAACAAGCAGCAGCAAGUGUCUGACAGAUCUUGUUUGCCCUGAAUACCAGGGAGCCGGUCCUUAAGAUAAAGUACGAUAACAGCAGUUUUCUCAUUAUUUACUGCACAGAUUUUUGGAUCUGUGACAGAAACAAAAACUCUGCCUGUACAGCGACUGUACACGCACUCAGGGUACCUUGCACAUCAUAUCUCGAUGUAGAAAGUCCAUGACCAAACGUUUAUAUGUGACGAGGUCAGAGUGAGAAUGUGUUGAACUUAAAGCGUUUUCUUUUCUUUUUGUUCGACAUUUAAAGGUUCAGUGUGUCAGAUUUCACGGGAUGUUAGUGGCGUCUAGCGGUGAGGAUUACAGAUUACAACCAGUUGAAACUUUCUUCAGUGUUCAUUGAUAUAUAUAUAUAUAUCACUUUAUUAUUGUCCGGUUUGAGGACAUUGGGACGUCAGACUGUUCCUGCAGACAAAACAUUAUGGAACAUGGAAAAUUCAUGCAGAGUUUCUAAAUGAACAAAUCACAGACUUUUAGAGAUGUUGUAUUAUUUGAAAUUUAGUUUUUGCACAACAGACAUUGAAAUAAACGGAUUUAUACUUUA